AGAAGAUUUGGAGAAUGUCCUCUCUAAGCCACCUAACCAUUGCACUAAGGAGGCUUGGCAGCUUAUUUGUGAAAUGUUUUUGAGCGAAAGAUUUUUGGCUCGUUCCGCUAAAAAUCAAGCAAACAGAAGACAACUGAAGUAUGUAACAACACAAGGCACAAAGUCGUUGGCAGCUAAGCGUCACGAAUAUGAGAACCCGGAUGCGCAUGUUGUUGAUACUUGGAGGGAUGCUCAUAUGAGAAAAUCGACAAAAUCUUUUGUCAAUGAGGCAGCUCAACAAGAUUAUGAAAAAAUGGCGGCUGAGGUUGAGAGGUCACAGAAUGAGAGGCAAAGUCAACAGCAGAGUGAGGCAUCUCUAAAUGUAUCUGGUGUUGAUUUGUCCCCGAAUCUUAGUAAGCAUAAACUACGACAUAUUGUCCCAAUAUGA